CCCGGUGAGGACGCGCCCUCCUCCUCCUCCUCGGCCUCCGCCUCCUCCGCCCCGCGCAGCCCAGCGCCCCGCACAGCCGCUCCCCCAUGGCCUCGCAGAACCGCGACCCCGCCGCCGCCGCCAGCGCCGCCCGCAAGGGGCCCGAGCCCGCGGGGGCCGCCGCCCGGGGCUCCGUGGGAAAGAGGUUGCAGCAGGAGCUGAUGACGCUGAUGAUGUCCGGCGACAGAGGCAUCUCGGCCUUCCCCGAGUCCGACAACCUCUUCCGAUGGGUCGGGACCAUCCACGGGGCCGUGGGCACGGUCUACGAAGACCUGCGCUACAAGCUGUCCCUGGAGUUCCCCAGCGGUUACCCCUACAACGCCCCCACGGUGCGCUUCGUCACCCCCUGCUAUCACCCCAACGUCGACGCCCAGGGCAACAUCUGCCUGGACAUCCUCAAGGACAAGUGGUCGGCCCUCUACGACGUCAGGACCAUCCUCCUGUCCAUCCAGAGCCUGCUGGGAGAGCCCAACGUCGACAGCCCCUUGAACACCCACGCCGCCGAACUCUGGAAGAAUCCCGCCGCCUUCAAGAAAUACCUCCAGGAAACUUACACGAAGCAGACGGGCGGCCAGGAGCCCUGAUCCCGCCCGCGGCCCGUCUCCGGCUCCGUCUCUGUCUCUUUUUAUAUGGCUCCGCCCUCCGCUCUGUACAGGUCGCUGUAUCAUAGACUCUCCUCUAAAUUAAAAGCUCCGGCCAAGACGUUCGAUGUACAAAUAAAACGUGGUUUUGUUAAAA